UUGGACUCAGCGCGUUCAUUGCGCGCCGCGCUCCGCCGGAAGUGGCGUCGUUACGGGCAGUGCGCGACGGCGGGCGGUGAAAUGCCUUUCAUGUUCUGAACUCCACCUUGGUUUGUCCCAUUGCUGUGUAUUCAGAACUUCAUUAAAAGUAGGAAGUCAACAUGAAGAGCAGAGUAACGCAAGUAAAUCAUGGUUCCAGUUACGAAAGGAAGGAAAGCUACAGUUCACGCCAAAGGAGUUUGUCUCCAGAGGACAGGGAUAUAGACCGUGACAGGUCUCCAUCUCCCAGAAAGAGAAGGUACUCUGAUGACAGCAGAUAUGAUCAGGAAUAUUCAAGAAGGGAAUACUAUGAUGACAGAACUUCAGAAGGCAGGAUGGAAAGGGGGAGAGAGAGACACUAUGAGAGAUGGGAGGAGAGAGAAUCUGAUCGAAGGAAGCAGAGAAGAUAUUCAUCACCUGAUCGUAGGAGUCCAGAGAGGUCAACAGACCAGAGCUCACUUGCUCAUGAUGAGACCACUUCAAAGAAGAAGAAAGAAGAAGUGGAUCCAAUCCUUACUCGCACAGGUGGUGCAUAUAUUCCACCUGCCAAGCUCAGGAUGAUGCAAGAGCAAAUCACUGAUAAAAAUAGCUUGGCAUAUCAGAGGAUGAGUUGGGAAGCCUUGAAGAAGUCAAUCAAUGGUCUGGUCAAUAAAGUGAACGUUUCUAAUAUAGAAAAUAUCAUUCAUGAGCUCCUUCAGGAAAAUAUUGUUCGGGGAAGGGGAUUGCUGUCUAGAUCCAUUUUGCAAGCUCAGAGUGCCUCUCCAAUUUUUACCCAUGUUUACGCAGCUCUUGUGGCAAUUAUCAAUUCAAAGUUUCCAAAUAUUGGUGAAUUGAUUCUCAAGAGACUGAUACUAAACUUUCGCAAAGGAUAUCGCAGAAAUGAUAAGCAACUUUGUCUAACAUCUUCGAAGUUUGUUGCACAUUUGAUGAAUCAGAAUGUGGCUCAUGAGGUUUUAUGUUUGGAAAUGCUGACUUUGCUUCUUGAAAGGCCUACUGAUGACAGUAUUGAAGUAGCAAUUGGAUUUAUUAAAGAGAGUGGGCUCAAAUUAACAGAAGUUUCUCCUAGAGGUAUUAAUGCAAUCUUUGACCGUCUUCGACACAUUCUGCAUGAAUCUAAAAUCGAUAUGCGUGUUCAGUAUAUGAUAGAAGUCAUGUUUGCUGUACGGAAGGAUGGCUUCAAGGAUCACCCAAUCAUUCCGGAAGGAUUAGAUCUAGUGGAAGAGGAGGAUCAGUUUACUCAUAUGUUGCCAUUAGAAGAUGACUACAACCCAGAGGAUGUUCUUAAUGUUUUCAAGAUGGAUCCGAACUUCAUGGAAAAUGAAGAGAAAUACAAGACACUGAAGAAAGAAAUUCUUGAUGAAGGUGACAGUGAAUCUGAAGCAGAUCAAGAGGGUGGAAGUAGUGAGGAAGAUGAAGAUGAAGAAGAGGAAGAUGAAGAUGGUCAGAAGGUUACUGUCCAUGACAAAACAGAAAUUAACUUGGUCUCCUUCCGUCGUACAAUUUAUCUUGCUAUUCAGUCAAGCUUAGACUUUGAAGAAUGUGCUCACAAAUUGCUGAAGAUGGACUUUCCCGAAAGUCAAACUAAAGAACUCUGCAAUAUGAUACUUGACUGCUGUGCUCAGCAAAGAACAUAUGAGAAAUUCUUCGGGUUACUGGCAGGGCGUUUCUGCAUGUUAAAAAAAGAAUAUAUGGAAUCCUUUGAAGCUAUUUUCAAAGAACAGUAUGAUACCAUUCAUCGUUUGGAAACGAACAAACUGAGGAAUGUUGCCAAGAUGUUUGCUCAUCUACUUUACACUGAUUCAAUUCCCUGGAGUGUCCUUGAGUGUAUAAUACUGAGUGAAGAAACUACCACAUCCUCCAGUAGAAUUUUUGUCAAAAUAUUCUUUCAGGAACUCAGUGAAUAUAUGGGACUUCCUAAUUUAAAUGCAAGAUUAAAAGAUGAAACAUUGCAGCCUUUCUUUGAGGGAUUGAUGCCUCGGGAUAACCCAAGAAACACUCGCUUUGCCAUCAAUUUCUUCACUUCUAUUGGCCUUGGAGGACUAACGGAUGAAUUACGGGAACAUCUUAAAAACGCACCAAAGAUGAUAAUGACACAGAAACAGGAUGUUGAGUCAACAGAUUCCUCUUCGUCUUCAGAGACAGACUCUUCCUCAGAUUCUGAUUCUGACAGCAGCAGCAGUAGUAGCUCAGAGUCAUCCAGCAGCAGUGACUCCUCAUCUAGCAGUGGCAGCAGCAGCGACUCAGAUGUUCCUAAAGCCAAAAGAAAGAGAAUGCAAAAGAAAAAUAGAGAGUCUGAUAAAGUUUCCAGGAAAAAACAAGAAAAGAAAAGGAAAUCACUUGAAAAGAAAAUGGGAAGGAGGCAAGAGGAAAGAAGCGAUACUGAGAGCAAAUCAGAAAGAGAUCACCGACACUUGAAAGAGUCACACAGGAGAGAUGAUGUAUCAAAAUACCAUCACAGAGAUGAGUCCAAUGGCAGAGACGGUUAUCAUAGUGGAAAGGAUAGGAACCAUGAAAGAAGUAAGGAUCUAGAAAAUAAACACAAUAAUUCAAAACCGAAGAAAGCAGAGAGAAGAGUUUCUUUGUCUGAUGAUGAAAAUUACAGACACUGGAGCAAAGAUAAUGGACAUCGCAGUAAAAGAAAAGAAAGAUCAAAAUCCAGAGAGAGAGCCCAUAAUAAUUCAAGUCCAAGAGAGGAGGAACAAGACAACCGAUACAGAAAUGGUUCAGAGAAACACCGAGAGAAGUACAACCGUUACUCUGACCAGUACAGAGAAUCCAGAAAGAAUGAGGACAGACGAAGGGAGAGUUCCCCGGACAGACGAAGGGAGAAUUCCCCACACAGACAAAAAUAAUACCCAACUCGAUUUUGAAAUAAAUGUGCAUUUCUGAGCUGUUAAAACUGUAUUUUAAAAUCUAUUCCUGAACUUUCUUUAAAAAAUAAAUUGUAUAAAGUGAUAGUUUGCAUUUGUAAAUUUUACCAGACUUUUUCAAAUUUUCAGUACCACUUUUUUAUAACUAUUGCAUUGAGUCUUUCUGUUAAAUUCUUCCUUUGGAAAGAUGAAACUGUUUAUUUUGUGAAUAAACUGUUAAGAUCUCUGCGAAAUGGGUGGUUUUGUCACUUAGUUUCAAAUAUUUGUAAUUGUAACUUUGUAGUCUAAAAAACAUGUUUUUUAACUUUGCUUGUUAAUUGAAAGCUAGAUAUGAGGCUAUGGUGAUAAAUGUAAAAAAAGCAGACUACAGUGUAAAUGUUACAUGACAAGGCUUUAUAAAAAAAAUUUCCAAACAUCAGUAUGAGCACUUCAGUCAUUCUGUAGCUGUUUAUUAUUUCAGCUUUGUGAAUAUGAAAGCAAGUUUGACUAAAAUCUUCAGAAAAUACUUCAGUUGAUUUUUUUUUUUCUUCAGGAGUUAAAAAUUGGAGAAGUGGAAAAGCAAUAUUGCUGUUUUAAAUGUGACAUUUGAAAGUGUGUCAACUUGUUCUGUUACUUUUCACAAUGUUUUUUUAAUAUUGUAACAUCCUGAGCUAGUUACACUUGUGAUCUUAGAAACAAGGGAAAAGUUGGGGUUUUUUUCUCAACUAUGAAUUUGAUUUUUAAAGUCAUAGACUUCAAUUCUGAGCCUAUGAAGGAUGUGUUUUAGGAAAAUCUUUCCCAGUAUAUUAAAAAAACAAAACAUCUGAAAUAAGACCUAUUUAAAAUCUUUUUAGAUGUUUUGAACUACAUGGCUUGAAGUGCUCAAGUUUAUUGGAAGCAAAGCUUACAAGAAAAAAUAAUCUAUUGCUGCGGUAGUUAUAAAAUUGUACUUGGAGUCAUUUGAAGCAACUAGCUCAACAUUCGUUGUAUGAGUAGUAAAAUCGUCUGGUUAAGGCUCUAAAUCUCAUUAGUAACUAAGGAAAACUUCAAAACUCAGCAUGAAAUAGGAAGUAGUGUGAAUGUGGUCGGUAGGAAAGACAGGUGAGACUUGUAUAUUAUGCCAUUUUUGGUGCUGUAAGACUACAUUUAUGGUUUUUUUUAUUCUGUAAAAUGAACACAAUUGCUGGGCAUAUGAGAACUUACACAUUUCAUAUGUAAAUCGUACUUCAUCUUGUAUAAAGCAUAAAAAAAAUACUUGAACUGUUUUAUAGCAGAAAAUAGAACAAUUCCUAAGGAAAUAGAUCCAUUUUGCCUAAAUCUUGUCACAACAUUUUUCUAAGAAAAAUGUCACAUUUUUAAAAUUUUUUUCUGUAUUUAGCAGAAUUUAUUUCUGCAAGCUUUCAUGUAAUAAAACAUUUUCAGUCAAAAA